AUGGACGCCAGGGCCUACCUCCAAAGCCAAGGCUGGCAAGGCGAUGGCCACUCACUCGACCAUACCGGCCGCGGGAUCAAGAAACCAUUACUAGUCAGCAAGAAGGUCGAUGUCCUUGGCGUGGGAGUGAACAAGCACCAGGCAGUCUCGGAUCAGUGGUGGCUGCGUGCUUAUGACCAAGGCUUGACUGACUUCGGGACGGGAAAGCAGAGUUUGCUUGGGCAGGUGCAGAAGCAUGGCAUUGCUAUGGGAGGAUUGUAUGGUCGAUUCGUGAAGGGUGAGGGUGUUGCUGGGACUUUUGGGGAGAGUCUGAGUAGUACACCUGCUGGUACGAUUACACCUUCGGAGAUAGAGCAGCAUGUUUCAGGGAAGGAUGGGCGGUCGGCGGUGGAUAUGGCUUCUGCGACUCUCAAGCGAAAGCGAGAGCACGUGAGGUCUGUGGAUAAGCGAGCAAAGCAGAGGACGAAGGAGGACUCUAAGAGCGAUGAUAGAGUCAAGAGGCUGGUUGGCAAGGCACAGCGACGAGGUCUCCUACCGAGCAAAUCUCGUGAACCGAUCGCUACGGAAAGGGCCAGGUCGGACGUGAAGGGGGAUCUGGCGAAGAUCAUGGCAACACUGUCAGCGUCCUCCAAAUUUCAGGUCGAUAUCAAUCUGGCCGCUGUUGGGAACGAUACGGCGAAGAAGCGGGCUCGUAGUGCUGCAAAGCACGAGUUUAGACGCGUGGCCAGAGCUCAUCUUGGGACGGCGAGCGAGGACGCAUCGACUCGUCGGGCACGAAAGGAGCAGGAGGGGGCUUCUGAAGCGAAGCGUGAUGUAGACAAGGCUUCGAGGACGGCACGGAAUCUCGCUAGCAUGCAGGCAAGGAGAGAAGGGAAGAAUGCUCGCAGGCUACAGCGUGCACAGUCACAGGAUAAUCCUAGCACUGUGAACGACAUGGCUGAUGGCGCGAUAUCGCUGAGUCCAGAUGUGGUUGUCGUUGUGGACACGCAGGGUGACGAUGCGCUCGCCAACACGGCGACGAACGGAUCAAGCAGUCCAGCGGCCGCUACAAUACAAGAAGGCGACUACGCCACGGCACGGUCGCACAUUGCCUCACAGACACCUUUCUCGUUCGUGAACACUCGUGGCAAGCAGAUAUUCGAACGGACGCCUGGUGACAGAGUGCCCGAGGACCCGAAGUGGUGGGCAGACACAGACACCAAAGCUCUGCCAAAACCAGUGCGCGAAGCCCGACGACGAUGGAGAUCCGCUCAACGUGAGGAUCGUCAUGGAUCCAGUAGGAACGCGGCAGAGUCGAAGAAAGUAGAAACUGAUUCAGAUGAGACCAAGGCUGCGAGGGUGGCGAGGAGAGCACAGAAGGAUGCCAAGGAAGCUAAGCAGGUUGAAAAGGAAAGGAAGCGGCAGGCGAGGAAGACGAAGAGUAGCGCAUGA